AUUUUUCUUUCUUUCUAAAAGCUUACCUUACAUUUAUUUUUUAUUAAAAGAAAACGAAAAAGCGAGAGUGGAGAGAGAAUGCUCCAACGACUCUUUCGUAACAAAACUGUUUCAAGAGACGGUGACGACACUCACAGUCAAUUACUUUUAGAAUCUCAAUCGUAAAUAAAAACCAUAAUAAUAUUCAUUCGUUAUCAAAAAGAGAGGGCUAGAAGUGUUGUUAUUCAAAUUUAUUAUUUUGCAUUGAUGGGAACCAAAUCCAUUACAGCAAGACCAUUUACGCAUUUUAUUUUGUCAGGACGUGGGUGACUCUAACAAGACAAUAUUGUACGAUUCGGACUAUUUUUUAAACAUAGAGAACGGCAGUCGUUCUCCACCUGCUAAUACACCUAUGGCUCGUUCAUGGAAUGGCUCUCAGGCACAUAAUUCGGGCAGAGCAAACAUGGAAGUAGGCUCUUUUAAAGACCAAAGGCAUGAUUGGAGACCUUCCUAUAUGAGAACAAUGCCUUCAUUAUCAAUAUCUGACCAGAAUCAACAAAACAACCAUAGACAAAGCAACCGCAAAUUAGAUUUAACAGGCGAGAUGAUCUUUGGUACUGCACCACUUGCUUAUAAGGGAAUGAAUACAAAAGUCCAUUAUUACAAGCGAGAUAAGAACCCUCAAAUAAUUAUUUCCAAGUUAUUUACGCUCAACAAUACUCAAUCCCAACAGCAAAGAGACUUAGAUAUCACUAGACGCACAUCAUUUUCAUCUGUAAAUAGCGACAGAUCCACUACCUCAUUUACUGCAAAUUCAUCAGUUUGUGAUGAUAAUAUAUCUGAACAAUCAAGUGACGAUGAUCAUUUUUCUACCGCUUCGAUUUAUCCGCCUGUGUUAGGCUUAUAUCAAUCAACAAAGCGCACGCGUAGAUUUAGUCAAACAAAUAUGGAAAAUGGUGUUUUUAGUCCGACCCCAUUACCUACCACUAGAAUAUCAGCCAUAGAAAAUCCUGUACGACAGCAAACAUCAAGAUCCGUCAAAUUUGCUGUUGCCAUUAUUAUCACUUUAGAAGAUAAAAAUGAGACUCUUUAUGAUUUUAUAUUUUCUCAUUUUGCUUUAAUUGAAAAUAGAUUACAUCAAUUACAAGCUAUUGCUUUCAAGCAAUUAUAUCAAUAUUUCAAGAACCAUCCACCGCAUUCCUAUUUACAGCCUAGAAAACGAUCAAGUACCUUGUUCCUGAGCCCAAACACAUUUCAAAAGGAUCCUGUGCUAAUAGAUGCUGCUAAUCAAUUCAAAACUUAUUUUUUUGAUUUAUAUGAAACACCACGUAUACAGGAACCUUUAUGGCUGAACAUGUCAACAUACCCGCAGCGAAAAUCAGACUACGAAGCUAGUUUAAUAAAGGAAUUGAUGCAAUUAGUACAUCAGUUUGAUAAUAAGUCGCACAACUAUUUCAUUUCCACUUUACUGACUGGUGUAUUAAUGCAUCAUCUAUCUUGGGUGAAUACCGUGGCUCCGCCUGAAGCUAAUACACAUAUCGGGUGCCAUCAUGGAAAUUAUGAUCCAUUGUGGGCACAGCUAAGUGAUUUGUAUGGGUUUAUUGGUACGCCAUCUAGAAUUACGAGAACAAUUGUAGUAGGAUUAAGGCCAAGUGUAGUCAAGAGGAUCUUGUAUAUAUUAUCCUAUUUCAUUCGGUGUAACGAGGUUUAUGAAAAUACGGAAAGUCGAACCAAAAGCAUGUUAACCACAUCCACAUCUUCAGAAUCUAUUUUCAGUAAUGAAUUAGAUGAUACCAACAGUGAACAUAAAUUUGAGGAUAAAAUUGUGCGCCAUUUAACUGGUGACGUUGAAUCUAUUGCUAUACCUAAGAACAAUCAUCACGUAGCCUACGCUUCAUCGUCCAUUGAAUCUACAAACUCGAUAAAAAGCUCAUCGAAAUGGUUUAGUGAUACAGAUGAAAGACCAUGGUCUCCAGAUCCUUUUGUGGUGGUAUCGUCGUCUUCAUCUUCGUUAGAAGUACCGUCUCUGACAAUGUCUCCUACUGGAAGUUACCAUGUAGCCAUGCCAAAAUCGACAGUGACGCACAUGGAACCUGAUAUUACGCAAGAGUCAAAUGAUGUACCGAAUACAAGAAUAGAUCGUUUAUUUGCUAAAUCAUAUGGCCGCUCAUUAAUGGCGUCUUAUUGUGACACAUACAAAUCUGAUUUCGUAUUAAUGGGUAUUCCUACUUUACCUGCUACAUCGGUCUUAGAUGCGGAUCUACGUAACACGUUAGAACAAUUCACUCUUUCAGACUCUGUUUCCGAAGCUUCCUGUCUGGUAAUUGAUACCAAUAAUUUCAAAUGCCGCGUACUAAAUCAUCGAUUGCCUGAUACCGUGAUGGAUCCACCAUCAUUGAAGAAAGCUGGAAAUAGUUGGCAAGUGAUAUCUAUGUCGAAUAUAGUGUAUACUAUGUUAAGCGAUAUGCGACAAAUUUAUGAAGAUAACAAUGGAGAUUUAUCAUGUGCAGAACAAAUUAUGAAUUUAAUGGAGGAUAACUUACAGCUGAUAUAUUUGCACAGCACGAUGCUUCAAGAUAUAGUUCAAGAAGCAGUGCAAAACGGAGAUGACCCACUAAGUGACACAGCGUCACUAGCUAAUGAUUUGAAGUUGAAUCAAAAUGAUAUACCACUGCUGCUAAAUGUUUGCAGUACUUACGAUACAAAGAUGUGGGACCUACAAAGAAACGCAUACGGCCCAUAAUUUUUAUUUUUAGAAAAAGAAUAUUUUCAAUGAAAAAAUAAAAAGAACAAUUUUGGCUAUGAUA